AUGACCCACCCCUCCUCCUCCUCCUCCUCCGCCCCGCCGCCGGCGGCCGCGGAGGCCACCUCCCUCGCGCCGGGCUUCCGCUUCCACCCCACGGAUGAGGAGCUCGUCUCCUACUACCUCAAGCGCAAGGUCCUCGGCCGCCCACUCAAGGUCGACGCCAUCGCCGAGGUCGACCUCUACAAGCUCGAGCCCUGGGACCUCCCCGCCCGCUCCCGCCUCCGCUCCCGCGACUCCCAGUGGUACUUCUUCAGCCGCCUCGACCGCAAGCACGCCAACCGUGCCCGCACCAACCGCGCCACAUCGGGGGGAUACUGGAAGACCACCGGCAAGGACAGGGAGGUGCGCCAUGGGCCAAGGAUCGUGGGGAUGAAGAAGACGCUCGUCUUCCACGCCGGACGCGCGCCCAAGGGCGAGCGCACCAACUGGGUAAUGCACGAGUACCGACUCGAGGGCGAAGAGGCCGCGGGGAUCCCGCAGGACUCCUUUGUGGUGUGCCGGAUCUUCCAGAAAGCUGGCCCAGGUCCACAGAACGGGGCACAGUAUGGAGCACCCUUCGUCGAGGAGGAAUGGGAGGAGGAUGACGAAGAUGUCGGUUUGCUUCCGGUCGAGGGUGAUGCUGUUGUUGACCAUGAGGUCCCCCCGGGUCCUAAGGAGAUCCCUGGUGCUUUGGAGAAAGGCUAUCUUCAAAUGAGCGAUCUCAUUCAGGGUUUGGGUGAUCAAAAUGGGAAUGGUACAAUUGGUUUGCCAGUUUCUGAUACCUCAAAUAAUAGCAACCAUUCUGAAGAUGUAGAUGGAAAUUCUGGGGACAUUUUAAGUGACCCGAACCUUGGCUCUAAUUUUCUUCAGUAUGUUGAGCCUGGGGAGCAGAAUAGCUUAAUGCUUAAUGAAAAUAUGAUAUCAAAUUCCAAUGCUGGAGAUUUUCUUAAUAAUUUCAGCCCCAGUGAUGGGUUCCUAGAGCUGAAGGAUUUUGCAGAUGCUGCAAAUCUAGAUUACCCUCUAGGCAAUGAAUCCACAGUCUGGCCUUCGGAUGGUUGGGCAUGGAAAACACCCGAUUCUUUGGAAACUGUAAAUGGAGCUAACAAUGAUAUUCCUCCACUCCCUGAUGACCAGACUUUCCAGCCUGAUGAGCUGGAACAGUUGUUGCAGUCAAUACAAGAAGAUUCCCAUUUGGGCUCAAGUGUCAUUGAUCCCCCGCAUUCUUCUAUAACAAAUUCAGUUAUGCCAGAGGAUGAUUCUUUGAUGUUCUAUGACGCACCCUUUGAUUCCACCAUGUGUGAUGAUGGGUUUAGACAGGUGAAUGGAAUUCUAAACUCCCCUGCAACCAAUCUAUCUGGUAUUGGCAUGGUGGAUGAUGGUAUGCCAUAUUAUGAUGCAAUGGAUGAUAAUUUAUUCAAUGAUAUUCUGGGCUCCAUACAGCAGUCAGCUGGUAGUUCCCAUGCUUUUAAUGGUCCAGUGCUCACCCAAGAGGUCAACAAUACCAUGUAUACAUAUAGUCCAACUCAAAAGGUUUUAGAACCUAAUUUUGUAGUUGGUGCUUCAUCAUCUGCUAGGUUACCUGAGGCUGGUAGUCAGUUAAAUUGUGUUGUUUUACCAGAUGGGCAGGCUAAGAGUAGUUCCAUCGGAAAGCGGAUAUUGGAUUCCAUCUCCGCUCCACCAGCUUUUGCAUCGGAGUUCCCGGCACACCUCCGCAAAUCCUUAGCUCCUAUUUCUGGAGCACGCCCCAACACCUUCCAUGUCUCUGCUGAAGUGAUCAGUAUAGGUAGUUUAGCUGUAGCUUCUGGGCCUGAUAAGUGGUCCCUGCAAAAGAAUCAAGGCAUGGAGCUGCUCAUCACAGAUUUUGAGCCUGGUACCCGUAUACACUGUGGCUGCAACACGAUUACCACGGUGCUGCGUGGUGGCUUCUGCCUUGUCUUCUUUUCGGCAAUAAUGCUCUUAGUGAGCUACGAGGUGGGCAUGUGCAUCUAUGGCAAAUAGCAGCCUGGUAUUGGAGUAAGAUAAUCUCAUGAAGUUUAGGUUAAUCCGCUGUGUUUUGAGGCAGACUCAACUUGGGCCUCCGCAUAAGUGUAUUGCAUUGCAUGACAUGGACCUGUGGAGUUUAGCACUAGCAGUAGCGUUUUGCAGCUCGAGAGCUAAUGGUGUAUGUAUGAGUAUGAAUUCCUCCAAUGCUGUUAGUAUAGUGCGGAUUGCUUAUCAUCACAUCAGCAUGUGAUGAUGCUAUUUGUCAUGCUUCUGGUUGCAACGGAUAAUGCUAGUGCAGAAUCCUGUAUAUAUAUUUCAGGUUCACCGUGGCUGAAUCAUGAUGCUUUUGCAGUACAGUUGUGUUGGUGUUUUGAGUUU